AUGCCGCCAACGUCGCCAAAAGUACAGCGUUACCAGUCGACAUCGCUGCUGUCGAGACUUUUCUUCUCGUACGCAGACGACACGAUGCAAAUUGGUAAUACGCGGCAACUGGAUCAGGACGACCUGCUGGAGCUAGUUGACGACAGUCGCUCGGGAGUCGCUUACACCAGCACUACCACCACCAAAAUCAGUCGAUCGUCCGAGCUAUCAUACACGGAUACAGGUGGAAAUUCCUACUCUGUGGGCUGGUAUCUU